AUGAGUGCAGCUUCCUAUACGUUUGUAGAUGACAUUUUGCGGCUGCGUGUCAGGAGCGUGGUGCCGGAAGAGGAGCUCACAGUGGCAGCAAUUGAGAAAAGCGUGAUAUCAACUCUGGUAUGCCCGCAAGAGAUAUCAUGCGACGAAGAGGGUGAUAUCCAGCUGGAUGAUGCCUUGCGCCCACACUUCAUGCUGCUCCGGCGGCUUGAGCUGAAGCUUGGCUCCAAUGCGCAAUCACUGCGGCUGACGAGUCCGAAACAGGAAGAGGCCCAGCUGCCGACCGUGCGCUCCGAAUUCAUUGUGCCAACUGAUGCGAGAGUACUGGGCUUCCGAUACUGGGAGGAAGCUGGGAGCUCAGUUCCACGCGUACUCUGCACAUGCCGCAUGUCAGGAUGGCUUGGCCCUUGCUCUCUUGCUGACUGCAGUCAACCCCCUUGUGCCUCUGAGUAUUCAGGCAUCUGUUGA